GUAUGAACAAAAUACUAUCUGUUAAUUGCUUAUUUUGCUUUUAUUAUUUACAAAAGGUGGAAUAUAUGUUAGUGAAAUUUGACCACGAGAAUAAGAAGGUUCGCUUGGCGCUAUGUGGCGAAGAAGUUCUUCAAACACUGCAAGACAAGGGGGAAAAGGUAAACCCCAAUCACCCAACCCUCUGGCGACCAGAGUAUGGAAGCUAUAUGAUUGAAGGGACGCCUGGGCAGCCGUACGGGGGCACCAUGUCUGAAUUUAAUACCGUGCAAGACAACAUGAGGAAAAGAAGGCAAGAGGCCGCUUCUGUGCUUAAGGAAAACGAGGCCCUGUGCACUGUGACGUCCUUUCCAAGGUUAGGGUGUCCUGGAUUUACCCUGCCGGAGUAUGAGCCAACACCAGUAGAAGAAGGAGCUUCAAAAUCCCUGUUUUUUCCAGAUGAAGCCAUCAAUAAACAUCCUAGAUUUAGUACACUGACCAGAAAUAUUCGGCACCGAAGAGGAGAGAAGGUUGUGAUAAAUGUACCAAUCUUUAAAGAUAAGAACACACCAUCACCAUUUAUAGAAACAUUUCCAAAUGAUGAUGGAGAAGCAGCGAAAGCAGCUAAACCCGACCAUAUAUAUAUGGAUGCUAUGGGUUUUGGAAUGGGAAACUGCUGUCUUCAGGUAACAUUCCAGGCUUGCAGCAUUUCUGAAGCAAGAUACCUCUAUGAUCAGCUAGCCACAAUCUGUCCAAUUGUGAUGGCCCUGAGCGCCGCGUCUCCCUUCUACAGAGGCUACGUGUCCGAUAUUGAUUGUCGUUGGGGAGUCAUCUCUGCAUCUGUGGAUGAUCGAACGCGAGAAGAGAGGGGUCUAGAGCCACUGAAGAACAACCAUUAUAGAAUCAGUAAAUCCAGAUAUGAUUCCAUAGACAGUUAUCUAUCUGAAUGUGGUGAGAAAUACAAUGACAUUGAUUUGACAAUAGACAAAGAUAUCUACGAGCACCUGAUAAAGGAAGGUAUUGAUCACCUCUUGGCACAGCAUAUUGCACACCUGUUCAUUCGAGACCCAUUGACUUUGUUUGAGGAGAAAAUACACCUAGAUGAUGCGAAUGAAUCUGACCAUUUUGAGAAUAUUCAGUCCACAAACUGGCAGACAAUGAGAUUUAAACCACCUCCUCCAAAUUCAGACAUUGGUUGGCGAGUGGAAUUCAGGCCUAUGGAGGUCCAGUUAACAGACUUUGAAAACUCUGCUUAUGUUGUGUUUGUGGUACUGCUCACCAGAGUGAUUCUGUCAUAUAAACUGGAUUUCCUCAUUCCUUUGUCCAAGGUGGAUGAAAACAUGAAGGUGGCCCAGAAAAGAGAUGCCGUCCGGCAGGGGAUGUUUUACUUCAGGAAGGAUAUUUGUAAAGGUGGGAACGCCGUGGUGGACGGAUGCGGCUCGGCGCAGAACGGCACGGACGCCGAGGAGUACGGCCUGAUGAGCAUCGACACCAUCAUCAACGGGAAGGAAGGAUUCUUUCCUGGUUUGAUCCCAGUUUUGAAUUCUUACCUUGAAAACAUGGAAGUGGAUGUGGACACAAGAUGCACCAUCCUAAACUACCUGAAGUUAAUAAAAAAGAGAGCAUCUGGCGAGUUGAUGACGGUUGCCCGAUGGAUGAGGGAGUUUAUCGCGCAGCAUCCAGACUACAAGCAAGACAGCGUCAUAACCGAUGAGAUGAAUUACAGCCUUAUCUGGAAAUGCAACCAAAUUGCACAGGGCCAGGCGGAGUGUCCUGAGCUCCUGGGAGUGGGGUUUAACAAGAAGCCGAGUGGAAACAAGACUGGCUCUUUGUAAUGAGCGUGUCUUAAUGCAGGAG